AUGCCGGAACCUUCAAACGACAUACAGACCUCUCCAACGUUCAGUGAAGAGCCAUCCUUUAUUUUUGAAAGAAAUGUAGAAGAUCCAUACCUUAUGUCGUCUGGCAGCAACGUAACUUUGACUGCUUCAAAUUCAAAUUUGAAUCUAACAAAAAAACAUAGGAGUAACUCGAACCUAUUUUUACAGAGACAAACAACUAACGAUUCUGUGGUUUCUUCUGUCUCUUCACAUGCUAGUUAUGUGCCUGUACAACCUAUAGCAAUUUCGAGCGCAAGAAGAAGAUUGUCAAGAGCGCAGUCCACUAACAAUAUUAUGCCAUCUCCAGGUUCUUUGAACACUUGUUUCUCAGGCCAAUCUGUGUCUCAGGUAUCUACUCCUGUCAUGGCUCAUCAUCACCAUCGUCGUACCUUGGAGAAUAUGGUGGCCCCCGCGUUGGAUGCAAGUUGUUCUAUCAUAGCAGACAAGUCGACAGACCUAUGUGACCUUAACUUGGUUCAUUCAAGAAAUCCCUCGGUGAUAGGUUUGGAUAUGGCUUUAGGUAUCUCAAGAAGUUCAUCUGUUUCAAAUAUAAAUGAACGAGAGCCUACUAAUAAAGAAUCCGUUGGUGAUAAUGAAAAAUGUUUAAAUUUCUAUUCUUAUGCUGAUUUACUGACUGAUGAAAAAACAAACCAACACCAAGCUCCCAUUUCUAAGCCGCCCCCUUUAAACUCUUCAUAUUCUACAUCAUUUAUCAAACAUUCAAACAACAAUAAUAACAAUCCAAGUUUCUUAAAUCCUUUCUUGGUUAAACGUGAUUCAUCAUCAUCUUAUCUGUCACCACCACAAAAUCCAAGGCGUCUUUCCAAUAAUAAUAUGUUUUCACGCUCUCCAACGAGUAAUUCUAUGAAUAAUCCAAUGUCUCCACCUUGUUCAAGUAUACUUUUGCAAGACGGUUAUAAAUCAAAAUUUCAUAUAGAUUCCAGUGAAAGUGACGAAUUUUCUUCAGAGGAAGAGAACAACAAUAAUACUAAUGACCUUAAAACAACUUCAAAAUCUCCUGGUGCACAUUUGCUUCAUCCAAGAUCUAAGAGAUCUUCGUCUGCUCAUAACAAUUUACCUACCGUGGCUUCAGCUCAAAAUAUUUCAAGUCCAUUGAUGAGAACAAGAACUUACUCAAAUACUCCAAUAUCCCCAACGAAUAUCACCACUGCAUUUUUAGAUAGAAGACGUGGUAGUUCAGUAGUAUCCAUUCAACAGCUACAAAUAUCAUCGUCUAAUGCCACUAGUCCAAGUUCACCCAUUUAUCCUCUGAAGACAGAGAAAUUUGGUGAUAUCUUAAGGCAAAAAGUUACAGAUUUUUCAAAUAAAAAAUAA